AAUUCCAAAUUUUCAAAUCUAAAUUAAAAAUUAUCUUCUUUAUGGUCUUUUAUUAAUUAUUUUCAUUACAAAAUAAACAAAUCAAUCAACUGAAUGAUAGUUGAAAUCUAAAGAGUGAAUCUAAAUUAACAAACAAAACAAUGGAUGACGAUUUCACUACCACGACGACAACAACAAAUGGAUCAUCGAUAGAUGAAUCAGAUGAUUCUACGAAUGUAAUGAAAAAUAAUGAUAAUAAUAAUGGUUUAUAUCGUAAAAUGACCGUACAAAUUGUUGCCGAUAAAUCAGCAUUACAUUGUAAAAAUGGUUGUGGUUUUUAUGGUAAUCGUGAAUGGGAUGGUUAUUGUUCCAUAUGUUAUAAAGAGAUACGUCAUCAUCAACAACAACAACAACAACAAACUUGUAUGGCUCAAAUAGAUGAUUAUUCUGUUUCAUCAUUACCACCAAUACCAUCUUUAACAUUAUCAUCAUCAUCAUCAUCAUCUCCGCCAACAUCAUCGCAACCAGCAUCAUCAUCAUCAUUUUCAAUGUCAUUAAAACAGAAAAUUUUACCCGAAUCAUUAAAUCGUGCACAUUCCGCUACAUCACUUUCAUCAUCAUCAUCAUCAACAACAACAUCAUUUUUAACAAAUACAACUGGAUCAUUAUCAUUUAGAAAAUUUGAAGAGAAAAAACGUCAACAAUCGGAUAAAAAUCGAAUAAAAUCAAUUUUUAAACGUGCAUCAACAUUUCGUGAAUAUCGUUCAUCAUCGGCAGCUAGUCAACAAUAUUCAAAUAAAAGUAGCAACAACAACAAUAGUAAUAAUAAUAAUAAUGUACAGGAAAAUAAUUCUUGGCCAUUUUUUUCAUUGGAACGACCAUUCGAAGAAGUUUUAGCAAAAUUUUAUCCCGAUUAUGCAUUACGUGAUAUAAAUGUAAAUGUUACAAAAUGUGUUGAAAAAGUAAAUAAACUUUUAAAUCGUGGUUCAUCAAUCGAAGAUUUAACUGAAAUAAUACAUGAUUUUUAUUCAACAAUGGAAAAUCGUUUUCAAACUAGUCCACAUUAUAAAGAUGUAAAUAGUGUACAAUUUUCACAGCUUAUUGAUCAAACGGAAAAAAUUUUAAUGAAUAAAUUGUAUACAAAUUUAUUUGCACGUGUACAAAAUGAAGAAGAAGAAAGAGAUCUUGAAUUACAGAAAAAGAUUCGCAAUCUAAAUUGGAUUAUGUCGAAUCAUUUAGAUAUUGAAAUUAAUCUUCGACAUCCUAAGGUUAAAGAUCUAAUGGAUCAAGCUAUAACCGAAAUAAGUGAAGUUGAUUCGAAACAGAUUCCAUUCGAAAAAUUGGAUGCUAUUGUUCGAUGUUCGAAAACAAUAUUCGAAAUGUUACAAAUUGAUAAUAAUGCUGCCAUUUCAGCUGAUCAAUUUCUACCUGCAUUAGUGUUUGUCAUUAUAAAUGCUAAUCCACCAUUAUUACAAUCGAAUAUAAAAUUUAUAACACGUUUUAGUACACCAUCACGUUUGAUGACCGGUGAAGCUGGUUAUUAUUUUACAAAUCUUUGCUGUGCUACAACAUUUAUUGAAAAAAUUUCUGGUGAAUCUCUUAAUAUGAGUGAAAGUGAUUUUCAGAGCUAUAUGAAUGGCGAAGCACAACCACCGGGAUAUUAUAAACAAUCAUUUUUAUGUGAACCAUUUCGUAUAAUGAAUUCUAAUCAUACAAUAUUAAGUGAUACAAUCAAACGUAAUGCUCAAUGGUUAGAAAAUUUAGAUUAUCUGGAAAAACGUAUGGAACGUUUUGAACAAAUUCUUGAAAAUAAAUGUCGUACGGCAAUUAAUUCAUCAAAAGAAAUGAUUGCCGAACAUUCAACAUAUAAAAUUUUUGAUCAAGCUGAUGAUGUUGAUCCAUCAUUAUUUCCGGCAAGUUUUCGUGAAUCAUAUCGAAAAUAUUGCGAACAAAAAAAAGAACAAGAAAAUAUUUUGAUUGAAAUUGAAACAUCCGAUUUAACAAUGAAUGGUUCGAAUGAUAUGGAUCAUAAUAAUGUCUGUGAUCAAUUAGCAUCAAUUGAUUUUAAUUACAAUAAUUCGAAUUCGAAUGAUUCAAAUGAACAAACGUCUGUGAUGAUGAUCAACAACAGUAACAAUGAACUAUUAGAAAAAUUUUCCAAUUCAUCAUGUCCAGAAUCGAUUAUUUCAUUAUCAUCAUCAUCAACAACAACAAAUCAGAUCAACAAUUCAUCUGAAACAAAAGAAUAA